GGAGGGCAGGCAGUACAAUACAAGCCGUGGGACACAAAUCUACCUGGGAAUCUAUAUUCCUCUUCCUCUGAGCCACACCUUCUCUGGGACCUUUUGGGACCUGUGCCUCCCCGUGGAUACCCGGGUCUUAGCCAUGCCUCUCACCACUGCUGCUCCGACUAACAAGAGGAAGAAGGCCAACAAGAUCAUCACUGACCUAUCCAACAUCAGCCAGAAUGAUGAUGAGUCAGACCCCGAGGCCUCUGAACUCGACCUAGGCACCAAGAUCAAGACGCCCAAGGACACCAUGCUGGAGGAGCUCUCCUUGCUCUCGAACAAGGGCUCCAAGAUGUUCAAGAUGAGGCAGCAGAGAGUUGAGAAGUUCAUCGUGACCAACGAGAACAAGCAGAACCUCGAGAACCUGCUCAUGUCCCCCCCCCCUCCUGUUCCACCAAAGCCAGAGAUAAAGGAAGUGGUGGAGGAGACAGUUGAUAUGGAGGUGGAGAAGGUGAAGAGGAGGAAGGAGUAUGUACGCACCUACAUAUCGCCAUGGGAACGGGCCAUGAAGGGCAACGAGGAGCUGACAGCCACCAUGAAGAGCACCAUGCCGGGACCCAUCCAGAUGCACCCAGAGCUGCCUCAUUACAAGAGCUUCAACAGGACGGCGCUGCCAUUCGGCGGCUACGACAAGGCAUCCAAGACGCUGACCUUUGAGCUCCCGGACUUCAACGAUGCCAGCGAGGAGCCAGAGCCUGUGCCCUCACUGCAGGCCGACAUCCGCUCACGCCCCUCAUUUAACCGCACACCCAUCGGCUGGGUCUGCAGCGAGGACAACUCCAACAUCCACCUGGACCUGGACAACAUCCCCUUCGACGGAGAGACAGACGACCUGUGAACAAACACACACAAGCAGUGCAUGCACUGGAAUUUAUAAACACACACACGAAGAAUACAGCCUUGUGAGUGUAUACAUGAGAGCAUUAGGCACAGUUCAUAAUUUAUACCCCAUACACUGACUAAAGCACUAUUAGAACUGCCGAGGCUCCCAUGCACACGUGUUGAAAUGUACUUUAAUUAGCCUACAUGAAAAUUUUAAAAAUCUAAUCUAAUCUUUUCAUCCCCCAACCAUGACUGAGUCAUACUAUGAUUUUACGUACUCUGAGCUAAUGUGAGACCUGUAUGAACAGAUACAGAUGAGCACGCUACACUCUUAAAAACUAUGUAUUUAUGCAAUAAAGAUCCACUUUACAGAACGUCUGUCUGCUUUUGAUGUUACU